UCCAUGCAUCGAUACUGUUAAAAACUUCUCCUCUCUAGAUGUGUUUUGCAAGCAAAAUUGAUGUAAUUUACCGCCGAUUAAUAUUAUCUUCGUUUUUCUCAAAAGGAUGGGGAGAUAUAAACGUCUAUGAACGCCUUCUCGAAGCUCGCAAGACCGUUACUGACAGAGAAAAAUGCCACAAACUGGUUUCUUCAAGCUAUCCGGUUGAAUUGAACAAAUCAAGGACGAAAGAAUCAUUUUACAUCGCCGAAGGACACUUCACGUCACCUCUGGCCAGGUACUUUCCCGAUCUAUUACCCAAAGAAAGUGAAAAAGCCCACUUUCAGGUCAUUAUACCCAAAAAAUGGCCACGAAAUGGACACAAACCGGCGUGUCUACAUCUCGCGGGUACUGGUGACCACUACUUUUGGCGAAGAAGAAACCUUACGGCCAAACCUUUGGCGAAGCAAUAUGGUAUUGCGUCUUUGCUGUUGGAAAAUCCGUUUUACGGCAUGAGAAAACCGAAAAAUCAACUUCGAUCCAGCCUCCUGCAUGUGGUAGAUUUGUUUGUCAUGGGAGCAGCAUUGAUUUUAGAGUCACUUGUUCUCUUAAAGUGGUGUGAACAGCAGGGCUAUGGACCACUGGGAAUAACAGGGAUUUCCAUGGGUGGACACAUGGCUUCACUUGCAUGUACUGCCUGGACUAAACCACUUGCUAUUGUGCCUUGUCUCUCUUGGAGUACAGCAUCUUGUGUCUUUACAGAGGUAAUUUAUAAAGAAUUAUUAUGAAGAAUUAUUUGAUCGUGUACAGUGAUUCAUUUGUAUUUGCUCCAUCUUUAAGCCUGGAUUUGUCAGAAAAAUUCCAGUCCAUCUGCUAAUUUGCUGUUUCCAUACUGUCCCAGAUUUUUACAACAAAUGAGAUCUCAAAUUGGUUGUAAAAGGCCCCCUGACUGUUUAGGAUGGUUGGCGACUGAACAUAUUUUUUUCCUGACAUUUCCCAGCUUUCUGCCAUGAUCAGCAAUUAUUUGAGAUUCAUGAAAACUUCAAUUUUCAUUUUUGGAGGUGUUGGCCAUAGACCAGACCAACACUCAGGGUCUUUGAAUAACUGAGGAGAAAUGGUUAGGCAUUCUAGUCUUCUUAGAUAAGGACAGCAAGCUACAGGCCAUCUUCUUUAUAUUAGUUAGCAGGAGGCGCUAAAGAAUCCUACUUCUUUCAAAGAGUUGGGAAGUAAAGUAUGUGGUCUGGCCUUGUUUACAAAAUUGAGGGCAUCUGCUAUAUUCUUUUGUAGAAGAAAUUGUAAACUGCAGAACACAGUCUGGUUAAAGUCCCCAGCAAAGUGUUGUUAACCCUUUAACUCCCAUGAGUGACCAAGAGAGAAUUUCUCCUUACAGUGUCAAUGCAUUAUCAAGCAGACAAGGGAUGAGAAUAAAGAAAAAUAGCAAUCAGAGGAGUUUUAGUCGAUCGGAUACCAAAUUCUCCAAACUAACACUAUAAGAAUUAUAUGGCAGAUAGUAAGGAGAAUUACUGUGGAGAUCUUGGGAGUGAAAGGGUUAUGGGCAUUAGGGCAUUCAUGCCAUGAAGAAGGUGCUUUAUGUAAUGUUUAAAAAAUGAGCAGGAGUGUUUUAUUGGGUUUAAAACCACGCAUGAAUAUUAUGUGGUAUUUUUUUGAACGGCUUCAAAAAUUCUUGAAAAGGUCAAGAGAGUUCAUAACAAUUAUGGGAACGUUAGAAAUUAGCAACGAAAAAACAUUCAUAAGUCACGUGCAUUGUCUUUAUAUCUGAUAAAACACCACAUACUAUUGUUCAACAAAUUCUCCUUGUCACCAUUUGAUAGGUUAAUGGGCUUGUGAAUUAUGUAUAGAAAAAAGCAUGAAUAUUACUGGUAAAUGUGAUGUAUACUGAAAAUACUACCAAUUUUUUCCUGAUUGUUCAACAAAUUCUCCUUGGUUUUUAGGGUAUAGAGAACAGUGAUGAAAAUAGCCUUUUUUUUAUGUCCUGGUUUUUAGGGUGUGAUGAGUCGUGCAUGUUCAUGGGAUACAUUAGAGAAACAGCUUUCAUGUGAAGACUACAGGAACAGUUUGUUAGAUUACAUCCCUCUUAGUGGAAAUGUAUUCACCAAAUUUGAUGCUGAUGAUUUAAACAAAAGCUCUGUGAAUGGUUAUAGCAAUAUGAACUCAAUAUCCCAAUCUUUGAUGGAACAGAAGGGGAAAAAUCGGGAUAACAGUGAAAUUCAGACACUCUUUCUGAAACAAGAGGAUAUCUUCAAUGGCUUGAAAACCAACAUUUUUGAGAACCUGCCAUCAAUCUUUAGAAACAUCAAUCUCAAGGAAGGCUUACCUGCCAAACAAUCAACUUUAGAUUUUAUGAAUUACGUUAUGGAUGAAGAAACACAUUUAAGGAAUUUUCCUCCACCUGUCGAUCCAAGUCUGGUUCAUUUUGUGGUAGCUAAAAACGAUGCUUAUAUUCCACGCAACAAUCAGACAAGUCCUUCUGACAUCUGGCCUGGGUGCACUGUGGAAUAUAUAGACAGUGGUCAUGUAGGAGGAUCACUGAAACAUCAGGAUGUAUUUAGAAGAGUAAUUUGGGAUACUUUAAGAAAACUCUCAUGAUGAUUUGUAUUGGACCACAAUUAUGAUUUUUUUCUUCUCUCUAUUGAGUAAAAUCGUAUUUAAAAUUUCAUAGCAAAUUCAAUGGUUAUGAAUUGUAUAUGGUAUUAUUUAACUCUUGGCACCAGUUGAAUUCACCAUAAUGGGUACUGUGUUUCUACAUUGGGCUCUUUUGGGCAAGUUUACGUGUUGAACCUUUCACUCUGAAGAUCUCAUUAGCGCAUGCAAAUUCCACUUACUGUAUACCAUAUAAUUCUCAUGAUGUUAGCUUGGAGGAUUUGUUAUUGGAUCAACUAAUAAUCCUCUGGUUGAUAUUGUAGUGCUGUUGUGAAGAGAAAUUAUAUCUUGCUCACCCAUGGGAAUAACAGGGUCAAUAAUACAAUAUGUGGUAGAGAAAGAUAAUAUUUGCGGACAGAAAAUAAUAACAUUAAUGUUACAGUGAUAAUAUUACCUAGCAAUUAUUAAGGAAAAUGUCUUCUUUUUUGAGGCAAGCAAAGAAGCCAUCAUCUAGAUAUCUCUUACUUUUAUAAUGCAUGGGUUAUUAUAGGUGUGGUUGAAUUACAGAUGGGGCAAGGUUAUAGAUUUAGUACAUUCCCAUGGUCCUCAUUUGAAAGGAAUUCAGUUUUGUGUGGCCAAGGUUCUUUUAUUUUGAAAAAUUUCAAGAAAUGUGUUUCUAUAGGAUGAUAGCUUGUGAAAAUUGAUGAAAUUCAAAUUACCAUGUGAUUUGAACUGUUUCUCUAUGAAUUUUAUUGUCUUUUACCACAAUUAAGACUCUGGUAUCUAUCUUAGGAGUGACAAGGAUCUAAUUUGUUGUUACAAUAUCACCCCCUGAAUCACACAUUAAUAGCAGGAGAAUAAAGGAAAUGAUCACCAACUAAUUAAAGAGGUUCUUGAUUCUUAAGCAAAUUCUCCUUGUCAGCACCUAAGGAAAUGUAGAAAAAACGUUAAGAAGAAUUAGCCUUUUUUUGGUACAUCGAUUUCUAUGGUUUUUAAUGCAUUUCUUGGCUUUGAAAAUUUUUAUUACAAGGUUUCGUGUAAGUGUUGUGGAAAACCAGCUAUCCCACAUGUCAGAUUUGGAGCUUUCUCAGAUUAAUAGGGAAGCAUUUUAAAUAACGUGAAUUUCUGUAACUUGAGUAAAUUUUAGUUAUCUUUAAUCAUUAGUGUGUGAAAUAAAAAUGAAUCAGAAUGAAAACAUCUUUGUUUUUCAAAUAAUUAGC